UGAACGUGCCCCGCAAUCAGCUGAUAGAUGCGGUGCAACUGUCAUAGCGAAACAUAAACACACAACAAACAGCACAACAAACCAUGAACGAUCCAAACCGUAAAAUAGAAAUUGAUAAAUCUUCCCUGCUUAGCUUAAAAGCAGAACUGCUUCGCAAACAGGAGGAAGUAGGACGAGCCAAAGCAUCAACUUCUAUUGAAGAUUUUGUACCGAAAAGAGCCCCAAAAGCAGAGAAACAUGAAUCCACAACACGAAAAGAACGUCGGGAGAAGAAAGAUAAAUCUAAGGAAAAACCCGUUGUUACAGAACUGGAAGAUUCUGCACAGCUCGCUAGGUCGAAGCAAAUGUUACAAGCGAAAGCGAAAUAUUACGACCGGAUGGUUGCCGCUGGAGGAUCGCUAAACAGCGACGAAAACAGUUUGGUAAUGUUCAACAAAAAGAAGCAAGACAUUAAGCCAGCUUACAGCGUAUCCGACGAAUCUGCCCCCGAGAGCAGUGUGAGCUCUAGUUCAUCCGAAAGUGAAGGAGACGAAAGUGGGGAUAACAAAUGGGUUGAAUACACCGAUUGUUUGGGACGUACGAGAAAGUGUCUAAAGGAGGAUUUGAAAGCUUGCUUAGCACGGGACAGAGAACUUUCCAAAUCGAUGGGUCCGCGUGAUGUGCACCGUAGAGAAGGUAUGCAAGGAGGUCCGUCUACAGAAAACGCUGCAGCAGCGAAAUCGUCCAUUGAGGGCACCAAGCAGGAUAAAAUCACCAAUGAUCAAGAUGCCAUGGAAGAAGAGGAAGGUGAACUUGUGGGUCCAAUGCCUCCCGCAAUUGGUCCGACCGGCGUUACAGAUAUUGGCGAAAGGUUCCGCGAGAUGAAAGAGCAAUGGAUUCAACAGGAAGAAACGAAUCUGGAGAAAGGUUCCGUACACUACCAGGAUGUGCUGUUUGAUGAGGCACGAUUGCAUGGCGUUGGAUACUAUGCAUUUUCCACCGACCAGCAAGAACGUAACCGGCAACGGGACGAACUGGAUUCGAUACGUGAGUCAACGCUGGAAGCGCAAAAGGAACGGGAAACAUUGCGAAAGGCACGUGACAAACUUAUAGCCGAUAGGGUAAAAGCUGCCCGUGCCCGUCAACGAGCACGCCAAGGUUUACCACCAGAGGACGAAGCGGAGGAGGAGGAGGAAAGUCGGAAGAACAAAGAGUCCGAUCAGCUGUUUGAUCAGGCGGAAGAAAAGCGCACACGCAAGGCAGAAGAGAAACAGCGCAGAAAGAAGGAAAAGGAAGAACGGCGCAGAGAGCGCGACCGGGCAGAUCAUGUCCGUCCGUGGGAUGAAGGAAAGGAACAAAAUGCCGAGAAUAAGGAGUGGGUUCCAGCUAAGGAACGGUUCAUCCUAUCGCAGCACGAAUGGAACGAACAGAAGCGUAGCGAACGGAAUGCCGAAUUUGCGCCACCACCUGUCGGUCAAUCGGAAAAAAUCAAUCCAUUCCCAUGGAAACAUUCACAACUUCCCACGACACGUUCCGAUGUGGACAGCGACUCUUCCGAUGCGAAUGAUAACGAGGAAAUAAUUGUCGGCCCAGUGCCAUCGAUGAUGAUGAUGGGAAAUUCUUCUAGUGCGCUACUGGAGGACAUUCCACUGCCGGAGCAAGAAGACUCUGCCAAAAAAUCUCUGUUUUUCACUACGAAAAAAAAUCCACCCAAGAAGGAGCUGAAGCGACGCAAUCUGAACGCGGUUGAAAUGGUAACGCCAGCAAAGCAACCAACACCGGUGCCUAUUGUCAACGAGCUAAGUGACACGGAGGCACCCGAUACGGGAAGGAAGGAACCUCUCGUGCCGGAAAGACGAGGAGUUGAAAUAGAACCUCCACCAACGUACGAUUACUACGGACCAUCGGAUGGUGCCGGAAUGCGGCGCAAUCGUCCAGGACAAUCGAAAGCGGACGGUCCGGCAAGUAGAACCAAUCUGGAGGCUUCCAUUGAGGCGGGAUUGAAGUUUUUGAGAAACCAAUCGGACAAAUCAGGUGGUCCGGGAACCAAAAAUCGCUGGACUUCAAAUGCAGACUAUUGAGAGAGUGUAAUAAAUAGAGAGAGCAAAUGAUAACAGCAAUUUCGUAUGUUUCCUGAAAGAUAUAGCAGUAGUACCUAGCUGGAACUAUACUUUAAGCAUACACAAGCAUCGUAAGUGAUUAAAAUGUCGUAGUAAUGAUAAUUUUCAUUUGAAUGUACUUUUGCUGCGAGCUACAUUUAAUCCAGCGCCGUAGUGAACAUUAUAGCAAGUAGUAUAGUAAACAUUUCGCCCGUACACGAUGGAAACGAGAGACCAAACCAAUACCCUGCUAGCUGUCCUUCGACAUACAACACACAGAGCUUAGCGUUUUCGGGCGGCCGUUAGUCGGUUUGUUUCUUUCCUCUUCCUUGUGGUAUAUUACCUCAGUACCGCCGUGGCCAACUAUGUGUUUUAAUGAGCAGCUAAAAAAGCCAUCCUCGUGUAAAAAGCCACACGCUGGAUCGUCCGGUCGGAGGUUAAGCGCGAAUGGUAGCAUACCCCGGUCAGAGUAACAUGCAUGUGUACCCGAUGCAGGGCAGGCAACACUCGAGUGCACUUGUCAUUUGUAUCUUUUCUCGAGUGGCUCUCUCGCUUCAUGUUAGUUACGAAUAAUCUCUUACCAUCAUCAUCAUCAUCAUCAUCGUCAGCAUCGUCGCUCGCAUCAACCAACCGAUAGCUAGAUGGUCCGUAGUGUCAUGAUCAUUAUCGUUUUUGUCACCAUCAUAAUCGUAACGUAGCAUCUUGCCCAUCGUGUCCAACGAAGAUGCGACAGAGGUCUAUCUCUACUGUUCGGUUAAGGGUCGGUUCACGUCACAAGCACAUGAACCGAUUUAAAAAUCUGUUUUACGAUUAUGUUUGUGAUGAUAAAACCUUCAGCUUCCUUCCGAACACUGGUCCAAACCGGUUGGUUGGUUGGUCGGAUGCUUAAAAGUGCUUCCAAAAUUUGUCAAAUG